GGCUUCACAAACACGGCAUAUUGACCAGACUUGUAGCAUUACAUAUACAUGCAUCAUGCACAAGAAUUUCUCACAACUCAAGUCAUACUUAACAGAUCAGCUGCAUCUAUAUUUUCCCCACUUUUACAUCACAGAGACUCUUUAUAUACUGUCUGGGAAUCAGAAUAGCAUGAUCUUCUCUGUUUUUGCUUAGUGAGAAGACGAGAAACAAAUAUAUAGGAGAUUGAGGAUGGGUAAUUGCUGGGGAUCUAAGUCGUCUUCUUCUUCUUCUCCUUCUUCUGUCAGUCAGAGCCCGGGUUUUACGGGUGAUAUCAGCUCAGGAGGUUUAUCACUGACAACCAGUAAUACAGUAUCAGGGGGUAGCAAUGUCUCUGGUAACAGCGCGUUCUCUGCAUCAAGCGGAGGGGAGGAGGUCUGUCCUAGUGGUCAGAUAUUGCCCACCCCUAAUUUGAGGAUAUUCAGUUUUGCAGAACUCAAGAUUGCAACCAAGAAUUUUAGAAAUGACACCGUGCUGGGAGAAGGAGGAUUCGGGAAAGUCCAUAAGGGAUGGCUUGAUGACAAGGGGGGUUCGUCGAGGGGUGGAAGUGGUUCUGUUGUAGCUGUCAAGAAAUUAAAUUCAGAAAGUAUGCAAGGCUACGAGGAAUGGCAGUCUGAGGUGAACUUUUUAGGACGCCUUUCUCAUCCUAAUCUUGUUAGACUGGUGGGAUACUGCUGGGAGGAUAAAGAGCUACUUCUUGUCUAUGAAUUUAUGCAAAAAGGCAGCUUGGAGAACCACCUGUUUGGAAGAGGCUCUGCUGUUCAGCCACUUCCAUGGGGCAUACGUUUAAAGAUUUUGAUUGGAGCUGCUCGAGGCUUGGCAUUCUUACACGCAUCAGAGAAACAGAUAAUUUACAGAGAUUUCAAAGCUUCAAAUAUCUUGCUGGACGGGUCCUAUCAUGCCAAAUUAUCAGACUUCGGCUUGGCAAAAAUUGGUCCUUCAGCUAGUAAAUCACAUGUUACAACAAGGGUUAUGGGGACAUAUGGAUAUGCUGCACCAGAAUAUGUUGCCACGGGGCAUUUGUAUGUGAAGAGUGAUGUCUAUGGUUUUGGUGUUGUACUGGUGGAGAUGUUAACAGGCAUGCGGGCACUAGAUACUAAUCGUCCCAGUGCACAGCAUAACCUGGUCGAGUGGGUGAAACCACAUUUAUCUGAUAAACGAAAGCUGAAGAACAUAAUGGACUCAAGGUUGGAAGGGAAGUACCCAUCCAGAGGCGCUGUCUUAAUUGCUCAGCUGGCUCUGACAUGUCUUGCACCUGAACAGAAAACCAGGCCAUCGAUGAAAGAGGUUGUGGAGAGACUGGAAGGGGUUGAAGCAGUUAAUGAAAAGCCAAGGCCGCCAAGAGUACAUUCUUCACAGCAUUUAUCUUCCAGAAAUGCACAAAGCUACCGGUCUCCUCAUCACCCAAGACAAGAUAGAAAUCGACUGCAUAAACUACCAACAAGGUAAUUUCUGUGCACACACAUAGGCUUGAAAGCAACGUGAGGGUGUUGACACACGCGAACAUAACAAAUGGCUUAAAAGUUUCGCUAUUAGAGAUUUGCAGUGGAUUUUGUUGUGAUAUAUAUUCUACCAGAUCACCUUAGCAUAGGAUAGUAUGCAGCAUUGUGUAUUUUGAAGUAGCUGAGUGCCACCGGAUGGGGUUCUAAUGUUGUAUUGUAAACAUUUUUUUUUCUCUAUAGCUCUUGGAUUGCAAUACAUACACAAUUUUUUCUUUGCCAGGCAA